AUGAAUGCUUCCUUUCCUCUACAAGACUCGCUUCCGGCCAUCGCCAACCAUGUUACCGACUGGCUUCUGUGGCCGAUUCUCUCGAUAACCAGCGCCGUAUCGGAAAUCUUCUAUUCCCUGGUGCAAACUGUCGCAGCGACCGAUAUGUCUCGAAUAGGAGGCAACCUGGUGGAGAUAUCGGCCGUGUCCACGAUCAUAGGCGCCCCGAUAGCGGAAGCGCUGAUUCACGGCCUCAAGGCGGCCUGUGCCCUCGUCUGGGCUCCCAUGAGCUGUUUCGGUCAAAUUCAUGUUAUUAAGGCGUGUCUGUCUGCCUCGGUGCCAGACUCCUUGCGCGAAUCGAUGGGACUCCGCAAUCAGUUCGUCGAUAAUGCCCUCGGAGUCAUCCUGCCCGUGAACCGGUUCCGACGAGCGCGUAGCCGUAUCGAUUUCGGCGACGCGGGUGCAAUCGAGAUCGUCCCGUGCCGGCGUUGGAUAGGUCGAUGGGCCUUGACAUGGGCAGGAAAUACAAAUGGCUGGCCGGAUGUUGCUCCUCUCCUCUCCCUGCAACAGUGGAAGCGCCGGUCUGGCAUGAUGACAGCGCACGAGGCCGCGCAAAUGGACGCAAUCGCCCGGAUCAAAGCGUCCGAGUCGCACGAGGACGUGUACACAGCGCAUGUGAUUUACACAAUGGACAAAAAUGCUCAGCUGGCGCUGGACACGGUCCCGGCGGCGGAGAAGGGAUCGCCGAUUGACAUCUACCGUUUUAUUCCCGACCAAGGGGGCCUUCCAUCGCCCUGGAGGGAUUGGAUCUGUCUUUUCCUGUCGCUGGUCAAGCUGAUAGAGGUCUUUGCACUCCGAAAAGUGGGUAGUCGAGGGGUCUGGGCGUGGACGAUGGCGGGCUGGGCUCAUGCCUUUGUUGCUGCUGUUCUCCUGCAGGUUACCGGUCUGGGCCGCGACAGUCCUUCCAAGCGGACAAGGCAUCUGGUAGCGGGUAUCCUACCGUCUCCGCUUCGUAUGGGCGAGCAAGGCAAGAUCGUCUUGGGGAUUCCUGCCAACAUACGGCGUCAUACGCUGUGGCGGAUCGUGCUGGGGGUCGGCAUUGGCGUCAACCUAGCGGGUUUGCUGGGCACUUUCAUCCACCUGGACAAUGAGCCGACCGAAGCGCUGUACUUCUGGAUCGGAUUUCAGGUUCUAUGGCUUGUCAUGCGGACGAUUGUCUACUAUUUUGCCGCAGGGGGAACAGCCAUCCAGCAGGGAAUCAUGUCGUGUCGCCGGUGGAACGAGGCGCCACCGGAAGACCGGCAGCAGGUAUUGUCGCUUCUCAAUGAGUUGGCAAGCCAUCAAGCAUCGACUCAUCCACGGGGCUUUCAUGCGUACCUGUUCGACUGCAUGUCCUUUGAUCAGCUCGGCCGCCUCUUUGUACGAGUGGACUGGACACUGACCCCAAGGCUUCCACCAUUUCCGGCCGAGAUACGGCUGGACAGCAUGGCCGUUCAUGCUGUCACUGGCGAUCCCAUGAUCCGGAGUGCCGUCUGGCAACAGGGGGUAGCUCUGGAUAACUCCGAGCUGUACGACGCCUGCAUUGCGUUUGUGAAUCUUGCCUCGGGGGACAAGCAGGGGUACUUGAUGGUUGUCCCCUGUGUGCGAGUGUAUUCCUGUCACUGUGGGAGUAAAGACGGCCACGACCGAGGGAACAGUCAUCCUGACUGCGGCAGGAUUGAGUGGUGGCAUUUCUUCCCGGUUGAUAUACAAAACAGCGUCGGUGGUUAUUGGCUGGUGGCACAUGGCAAGCAGGGAGUCGGACAGCUGGAGGCAGAGAUCUUAGAUGAAGAUGAGCUCGAUCGGAGACUCUUUAUGGGCUGGUGGAAGAUUAGUAUCACGGGGAUCAGAGUCCUGCGAAAGACAUGGGAGGUCUCGGUGCAGGCUGCAGAGAUCACAUUGUCUUUUACACGCGGGAUGACAGAAUGA